AUGUGUUUAUGGUCUGAUCUGUCGUCACAACUAGCUUUAUAUCCGCGAUGCGUGCAAGGUCAGUGCAGUGGGACGGAGACCUUCGAAAAGGUUACCAGAACGACAGUCAGAGGCAUCACAGGGAUUCCUCUCUUCUCGAACGCUGGCAACACUGUCACCAGCGACUGUCUGUCCAGAUGUCGCCAGUCCCGCAGCUGCUCGGGGUUUCUAUUGAACUACGACCGAGAAUCCUGCUUCCGCUUGGACAGGGUCGCCUACAGCUCGGGGGCGGCGCUCCAGCCCACGCUCGAGCCCAUUAACUUCUUCGAGAAAAUCUGUAUUACAGCGAGUCCCUGCGGCAAAGACUGGAUGCUGGAGCGCGUCGUCGGGUUCGAGAUCGAAGGCUACGACGACAUAGUCCUGAACAACGUGCCCGACAGACUGAAGUGUGCUGAACUCUGCAUCCGGGAGAAGGGUCUUCAGUGCCGUAGCGCCGAGUACCACACCAGGGACAACGUGUGCCGCCUGAGCCGCCAGGACCGAAGGACUCAGCCGCUCAGCUUCCGCCCAGCGUCGCCCCACGUGAUGUACAUCGAGAACCAGUGCGCGCCAGCCACACAGCAGCAGCAGUGCGAGUUCGAGGAGUUCCCGGCGCAGGACCUGGGUCAUGGCGAUAAGCAGAUAGCAGUCCGGUCGAAGGAGGAGUGUCUCCAGGCGUGCGAGUCGGAGGCCGCCUUCAACUGCCGCUCCUUCGCCUGGUACGAGAGAGCCGGCGUCUGUAGGCUCUCCGGGACGACCUCGUCUCCGCGGGCCCUUCAGCGCUCGGGGACCUGCCGGGCGCCACGUGGAUGCAGAGGUCGCCGUGCUUGGACUUGGAACUCGGCUGCACUGUCGACGCCAUGACUGUUCACCUGAACACGCCAGAACCCUUCAGAGGGCGCCUGUUCUCCAGAGAUUUCCCCGGGAGUUGUCAGUCCAGAGAUGUUGGCAGAACUGACACCACUCUCACCAUCAAGUUCAACGACCCGGAAUGCGGCGUGGUUAACGAAGGAGAUGGUGUCUAUAGUAACGUGGUGGUCGUUCAGCACCACCCUGUCAUACAACGAAGAGGAGACAAGGCCAUCAAGCUGAUGUGCUUAU